AUGACAAUUCAAGGCGACGGCCAUAUCUUUACCCGAUUUGACCAGGAAAUGAAGGCCCUACAUGAGAUGGUCGUGCAGAUGGGACUGCUUGCGAACAGUCAGCUGAACGACGCGGUGGAAACGCUGCGCAAUGAGGACGUAGAAAGGGCGUAUGAAGUCAUUAAUAAUGAUGCCAAACUCAAUCAGCUUGAUAUCGAUGCUGAUGACAAGAUCACCAUGAUCAUUGCUCGGCGCCAGCCGGUUGCCAAGGAUUUAAGGGAGUUAAUUGCGGUAGGAAAAAUUGUCAGCGAGUUGGAGAGGGCGGGAGACGAGGCAAGAAAAAUAGCCGGGCUGACUAUUCGCUUUUUCGAGGGAUCGAGUCGCCCACCCAAUGACGAGAUUCUGCGAGACAUCUAUUCACUGUCGGAGUACGUGAUUAAAAUGCUGGAACACAGCAUGCGCUCUUUUGAUGCGCUCGAUCUUGACGGUUCGAUCGAGGUAUUGAAUAUGGGGAUGAAGCUGGACGAUCAGCUGCAGUCGAUUCUUCGCCAUCUCAGCACCUUUAUUAUGGAAGACUCGCGUAACGUCGGAAACUUCGUUGAUAUCGUGCUGGGUAUUCGUGCACUUGAGCGUUUCGGCGGUCACGCCAAGAACAUUGCCGGGCAUAUUGUGUUUAUUAAAAACGGUAUCGACGUCCGACACGAAGGCACAGAUUCAAUACUCAAGCAGCUGAAAUAA